AUGGCGAAACGCAAGGCACCUGAAGAACUCUCCACUAAUUUGAAUACUAUCAAAGCUCGCAACCGCGUCUCCAACCUUACUGAAGAUGAGAAGGCUGUUCAUUUAGCACUCAAGGCUGACCAUGGCGAUCUGAGCUACUACUUAAAGAAGUUAUACAAGUCUGCAAAGUAUAUCGCUGCCUCUGCUGAAGACAAGACACGUCUACAGAAUGAAUUGAAGGUUGAGCGUAUUCGUGUUCGGACUGAAAAGGGCACCCAUGCAUCUUGCAUUGCGAAUCAGAAAGUCAAGAAUACUAGCGCCCCUUCUUCUUCUCCACAAGCCCCACCAUCUACUCCGCCACAACUUCUGUCUGAGCUUGCUGCAUUUGAGGGUAUCACCAGUAUCCCAAUCGAUGACGAUCAUAACAGCGAAUGGGAGGAUACUGAGGUUGAAGACGAUUUAGAGUUGGAGCUUAUGUUACGGCGCGACGAUAUUUUAAAUGACGAGGCUGUUCUACCAGAUGAGCUUUCUGAUGAAGAGAUCGCUAGCAUCCAGGCUCUCUUAACUCAAGCACGCAUUGAUGCCCAUGAAGAGUCCAAUUUCCGCAAGUGGCAACAUUUCUGGGAUAGCUGUAUCCGCUCAUAUACGAGAAAGGCUGGAAAGCUGAGAAAGAAGCCUGAGCAUCUCUUUGAAUAUAUGCCAUGGAUUGAUGUAGAAGAAGGCACUUUUCACAACGUUAUCCCACCACAUAAAUAUUUCUGUUUGUACGAGCAGGCAGUUUGGACAAACUUUACAGCUUGGAAGUUUGGAAAGUGGGCCCAAUUACCAGGACCUGCGCAGUGGUACCCAAAGUCUUACAAUCUUGUCGACAACGGAUGGUUACAAGUCUCCACUCAUAGUUCUAGCUUCAAAGAGGCGUUCUUACUUGUCUACUCUAAGAAAUUUGAUAAGGAAAAGUGGGCUAAGGUAUCAGCUGCACAGGAUAUGUUGUUUCUGGAGUUAGAGUAG